AUGUCAGAACAGAAGCGUUCGUUGUCUACCUCGGGUGAAACAUUAUAUGAAAUUCUCGGCUUGCAAAAAGGUGCAACUCCCGAUGACAUUAAAAAAACUUACAGAAAAUUAGCUCUAAAGCAUCAUCCAGAUAAGAAUCCUGAUAAUCCCGAAGCUGCGGAAAAAUUCAAAGAAAUCAACAAUGCAAACGCAAUACUGAGUGAUUUAUCAAAGAGAAAUAUUUAUGACAAAUAUGGUUCAUUAGGACUGUACGUCGCAGAACAAUUUGGAGAAGAGAAUGUCAAUGCGUACUUUAUGUUGUCUAGUUGGUGGGCAAAGGGUCUGUUUGCACUCUGUGGCCUCUUGACUGGCUGUUAUUUCUGCUGCUGUCUCUGCUGCUGUUGUAACUGUUGCUUUGGAAAAUGUAAACCCAAAUCCGCAGGUGGAGAAGACUCCGAAUGCUAUGUGUCCCCAGAGGACUUGGAGGAGCAGAUCAAGACAGACAUGGAAUCAGAUGGUUACACUCCUAUUGCAAUGCAACCGACACAUUUAAAUGAGAAAACACAGCUGAUUGGAGACAACCGCCGUACCUAUCAAACAGACUCAUAGACCAG